AUAUAAGAUCAAAGAUCCCUAAGAACUUCUCAUACUGUCUGAUUCCUCUGGAACUAAGGCUGUAGCUGUAUUGGGCAACUUUAGAAAGUGUGAUCCAGGAACUUAUCCCUAUUUUCCAUUCAGAAGAAGUGCAAAAUGAUCCCAGAAAAGAAUGAAUUGGUCUUCUUUGUAAAUGGCAAGAAGAUAGUGGAGAAGAAUGUGGAUCCAGAAACUACGUUGCUAACCUACCUUAGAAGGAAACUGGGCUUGUGUGGAACCAAGCUCGGCUGUGGAGAAGGAGGCUGUGGUGCUUGCACAGUCAUGAUUUCCAAGCUUGACAACUCUCGAAACAUCAUACAUUAUUCUGCAAAUGCAUGUUUAUUCCCUAUCUGCGCUCUCCACCAUGUAGCUGUAACCACUGUUGAAGGCAUUGGAAGCACAAAGACAAGGUUGCACCCUGUACAGGAGAGAAUAGCCAAAAGCCAUGGAUCACAGUGUGGUUUCUGCACUCCUGGGAUUGUCAUGUCCAUGUACACAUUGCUUCGUAAUCAUCCUCAGCCUAGAAUGGAAGAGAUUGAAGAUGCCUUUCAAGGAAAUCUCUGCCGCUGUACAGGAUACAGACCGAUCCUGGAGGGGUACAGAACAUUUGCAAAGGAAGGGGGAUGCUGUGGAAAACUAGUAAAAGGAAAAGGUUGCUGUAUGGCUGGAAAAGAAAGAAAUGAGGGACUGAUUACCACAACUCUGUUCAAUACAUCUGAGUUCCAGCCUUUAGACCCUACCCAGGAGCCUAUAUUCCCACCUGAGUUAUUGAUACAGAAAAAACCUGUUGAACAACUGUGUUUCAAAGGCGAGCGAGUGACGUGGUUGCAACCAUCAACUCUCAAGGAACUUGUUUCUCUGAAAGCUCAGCAUCCCGAUGCCAAGCUUGUAGUAGGGAACACAGAAGUGGGUAUUGAAAUGAGAUUAAAGAACAUGCUGUAUCCUGUGAUUAUAGCCCCAACUUGGAUCCCAGAAAUGAACUCUGUUCAGCACACAGAAGAGGGAAUCAGAUUUGGUGCCUCCUGCAGCCUGAGCUGUGUGGAAGAGGAACUCAGGGAGGCAGUGGCCCAUCUUCCUUCUUACAAAGUAGAGGUCUUCCAAGCUGUCCUAGAACAACUGAGAUGGUUUGCAGGGCCUCAGAUCCGCAAUGUUGCAGCUAUUGGUGGAAAUAUAAUGACUGCAAGUCCAAUAUCUGACCUAAAUCCAGUGUUGAUGGCUAGUGGGAGCAAACUGAAUUUGGUGUCAAAUGAGGGCAGCCGGACAAUAAGGAUGGAUGAACAUUUUUUCACUGGGUAUAGAAAAACUAUACUGAAGCCUCAAGAAAUACUGCUUUCAGUUGAGAUUCCCUUCAGUAGGGAGGGUGAAUAUUUCUCUGCCUUCAAGCAAGCUUCACGACGGGAGGAUGACAUUGCCAUUGUGACCUGCGGAAUGAGAGUUCAGUUUCAAAAGGGAACCAAUCAAGUAGAAGAGAUUAAACUGAGUUAUGGGGGAAUGGCUCCCACAACAGUCAUGGCUAUAAAAACCUGUCAGGAGCUGAUUGGGAGAGAGUGGAACAAAGAUCUCCUGGAGGAAGCUUGCCGUUUGCUGGCUGAGGAGAUGAAUCUUUCCCCUUCAGCCCCUGGUGGAAUGGUGGAUUUCCGUCGAACUCUCGUGCUCAGCUUUUUCUUUAAGUUCUACCUCACAGUGCUUCAGAAACGAAGUAUAAAAUUAAAUGAGAAUAAUAAUUUGAGUUAUUUGAGACCUUGCAAGGAUGCUAGUGCCACUGAAUUAUUUAAAAAGGACCCUGUUAGCAACAUCCAGUUUUUCCAAGAAGUGCCUAAUGAGCAAUCCAUUGAAGAUACGGUGGGACGACCCCUGAUGCACUUGUCAGCUGCCAAGCAGGCAAGCGGAGAGGCAGUCUACUGUGAUGACAUCCCUUCUUACACAAAUGAACUCUACCUAACACUGGUUACCAGCAGCAAAGCCCAUGCUAAAGUUAUCUCCAUUGAUACCACAGAGGCUCAGAAUGUACUCGGAUUUGUGUGUUUUGUCUCUAAUCAGGAUGUUCCAGGGAGUAACAUUUCUGGGAUUUGUAAUGAUGAAACCAUCUUUGCAAAAGACAUUGUGACAUGUGUUGGGCACAUUAUUGGUGCAGUAUUGGCAGAUACACAGGAACAUUCCCGAAGAGCUGCUAAAGCAGUGAAGGUCUCAUAUGAAGAGCUUACACCAAUUAUCACUAUCCAGGAAGCCAUUGAGAAAGAAUCUUUCUUUAAGACUGAUAGGAAGAUUGAAAAAGGAAAUAUCCAGAAAGGAUUUGAAGAGGCUGAUCAUAUUGUGGAAGGGGAAAUGCACAUCGGUGGCCAGGAACAUUUUUAUCUGGAGACUCACUGCACAAUUGCUGUGCCAAAAGGAGAAGAUGGAGAAAUGGAACUCUUUGUGUCUACCCAAAACUUAGCAAAGACACAGGAUCAUGUUGCUAACGCUUUAGGAGUUCCCGCUAAUCGAAUUCUGGUUCGGGUGAAGAGAAUGGGAGGAGGAUUUGGAGGGAAAGAAUCCAGAAGCAUUAUCUUGUCUACAGUUGUUGCAGUUGCUGCUGCUAAGACUGGUUGCCCAGUAAGAUGCAUGCUUGAUCGAGAUGAAGAUAUGUUGAUUUCUGGUGGAAGACACCCAUUUUGGUCACGGUAUAAGGUUGGCUUUAAGAAAAAUGGAAGGAUUACCAGCCUAGAUGUGUCAUAUUACAGCAAUGGAGGAAAUUCUAUUGAUCUUUCUCAUGGGGUUAUGGACAGAGCUGUGCUUCACUUGGACAAUUCCUACAACAUCCCAAAUAUCAGAGGUAUCGGUGUAGUCUGUAAAACAAAUCUGGCCUCCAACACAGCCUUCCGUGGAUUUGGGGGUCCCCAGGGAAUGAUGGUUGCUGAGUGCUGGAUUAAUGACAUAGCCUUGGAGUGUGGGCUGCCAGCAGAAGAGGUCCGAAAAAUCAAUCUGUAUAAUGAAGGUGAUUUAACUCAUUUCGAUCAAAAACUUGAGGGGUUCACCUUGAAAAGAUGUUGGGAAGAAUGCUUUAGAAAAUCAAACUAUGAUUCCAGAAGAAAAGACAUUAAGGAGUUCAACGAGCAGAAUCGCUGGAAGAAGAGGGGCAUAGCCAUUAUUCCUACCAAGUUUGGGAUCAGCUUCACCGUUCCUUUUUUGAAUCAGGCUGGUGCAUUGGUGCAUGUUUACACGGAUGGUUCAGUGUUGGUCACACAUGGUGGGACUGAGAUGGGUCAAGGUCUGCACACCAAGAUGAUUCAGGUUGCCAGCAAGACUCUGGGAAUCCCUACCUCUAACAUCCAUAUAAGUGAGACAAGCACCAAUACGGUGCCAAAUACAUCACCAACAGCUGCUUCUGUCAGUGCUGAUAUCAAUGGGAUGGCUGUUUCUAAUGCUUGCAAGACCAUCUUAGAACGAUUGGAGCCAUUCAGAUGUGCUAACCCAAAAGGAUCAUGGAAAGAUUGGGUGUUAGCAGCCUAUUUUGAUUGUGUGAGUUUAUCAGCUACAGGAUUUUAUAGAAUUCCUAAUACUGGGUAUGAUUUCUCAAAGAAUGAAGGAAAGCCUUUCCAUUAUUUCUCCUAUGGUGUUUCUUGUUCUGAGGUUGAGAUAGAUUGUCUGAUCGGUGACCAUAAGAAUCUUCGCACUGAUAUUGUGAUGGAUGUUGGUACCAGCCUGAAUCCAGCUAUAGAUAUAGGGCAGAUUGAAGGAGCAUUUGUCCAAGGAAUUGGGCUGUUUACCAUGGAGGAGCUACGCUAUUCCCCUGAAGGCAACUUGUAUACACGAGGGCCUGGAAUGUACAAGAUCCCUGCAUUUGGUGACAUUCCAUCAGAGUUCCAUGUUUCUCUUCUCCGGGAUUGUCCAAACAGCAAAGCCAUUUAUUCAUCUAAGGCUGUGGGUGAACCUCCGUUGUUCUUAGCAGCCUCUGUAUUUUAUGCUAUCAAAGAUGCAAUUAUCUCUGCAAGGGAAGAAUGUGGAUUGAAAGGAACAUUCAGAUUAGAUAGUCCAGCUACUCCAGAAAGAAUACGCAAUGCUUGUGUUGAUUGCUUCACCAAAUUGUGUCCACCUGCCAAACCAGGAACUUUCAAACCAUGGUCUGUGAACGUGUGAAUGAAGACAUCUCUAGAAAUUAGCUCCCCUUAUCAAAGUGAUUUUUCUCUCCAAGGACCAACCAAAGCAGUACCGCUAAGCUGAAAUCAGAACUGUAUUCCGUGUCUGCCUUAUUGAUUGAGAAAGCUUUAUAAUGUAAUUAUGGAAGCAUCAGUUGAGCAAGGAAAAUGUUAUUGUUGAUAAAUUACUGCAGAUGUUGUAUACAACGAAGGGAGAGAGAGAAAGUGACUUUUCUUUUAUGAACAGAAAAUUUGCAAUGGUUUCUUUAAGCUUGCAGUGAAAAUCAGGAAAACACUAUGUAUAUGUUCACUUUUCAAGUGCAAUGAUGACAUCCAGCCUCCAAAAUUCAGCUUUAGCUGAUUUGAUGCAACCAAUUAAUCAUCAUCACAUCUAAUUUCUUCUUAAUCUUUUGGAUGGAUCACUGAAAAUGGGAAGACAGUUGGGAGAGGCCACUGUUUCAUUUUUCUUUUGUGUACCAAGGAUGAGAGAGGUAGUGUAAUGGUUAACAGAGGCACUUUUGGCCUCUGUUUUCAGCUUCCUGGUCUUUCAAAUUUGAUAGAGUAAAAUCAGUAUUAGUCUGACCCUUAGUCAGAGUGAGACAAUCACCCCAGGGAGGAGAUAAGAAGCAUAUAAUCAUCCAAUACCAAAAAUCUAUGAUCCAUUGAACUCAAGGGGAUUUACUUCUGAAUUGACAUAUACAGGAUAUCAGUAACCUCUAUGUGGACAUAUCACAGAAAGCUGUUUUUUCUCAUAAUUUAGGGAAUAUUAUCUUCAGUUUAAUUUUGUCAAAAAAUGGAUAGGUUAAAUUGAGGAUUGUGGAAUUGCACAAAAGCACAAUUUGUGGAGGCUUAUUCGGGUCUUCCUAUAUUUUGACCUAUAGUAUUUGUUGAGUGCAGUGUUUAUUUAACCAAACACUCCGCUACAUGGAUAUUGAUUUUUUUCCUUUUAUCAAGUCUAUGCUAUGAUACUUUUGUGUGUAGGCUAGGAUUAUUAUUAUUGAAUUCUGUACUCAUGAUGAAUAUGUCCCAAAUCCAUAAAUUUUAAAACAAAUUACAAAAAUAUGAAACACAUUGUACAAUAAACAUAUUUUCUACAGAUAAGAA